UGCCACGAUGCGGUGAAACUUAGGGUAGCUCCUAACGACGUGCCCGUCUUCCAAGUGGGAGAAUACCUGUUCUGCGAAGGAGAGGAGCUGUGUGCGACACCCAAAUCCCUACUGUGGAUAUCCAAGCCGCGAACAGAGAACCCCAUCAGCAACAAUUUUACCAUCGCCACAGACUCGCCGCCCCUCCGUAUCACUCAAGAGAUGACCGGGUUUUUCAAAGCUGCCUGUACGCCUGUUAAUAAAUCAGAUUUGCUGAGUUCAGUGCGUAAGGCUGAAAAAAAGAUUAUUAUUGUACCCACGCCACCGCAUGAUUUUCAAGUCGAAGGCGCUAAUGAGCAGAUAACGCCACCCAGCCUAAUUCGGUGUUCUGCCAAGGGCUAUCCUCGGCCGAUUAUCCAAUGGAUCCAGAUAGCAGGACCUUCAGAACUCCAAAUUGACAAUAAUGGUCGUAUAAUCAUUCAGUCCUGGGAUAUCGCCGGCACCUAUACUUGUAUGUGUUUUGCUUCUAAUGGAAAGGGCAAGGCACAUAUCACAAUCACCUUCACCAUAAAGAAUCCGUUUUGGUUCCGAAUGGAAAACACCAAGGAGUUCGUGAAGGCCGUUGUGUAUGGAGUGCUUACCUUUGUGCUUGCUACUAUGUUUGCCGUACCCGUCCUGCGAAGAGGCAAUUGGUAUUAUUAUUUUUAA